UGAUUAUUCUCACACACCACUGACAUCCCUUCCUAAUAGGAUUAUAUAAUGGUAUUCAUAAUUUUGUAUAAAACUGAGCUGACUGACUUAUUACGAAUUUGGUAAAAUAUGAAAACGGAUAUCAGGUGUUUUAUGAACGAAAUAUUUGAAUUGUAUAUAGCAGAACACUAGAACAGAAAGAUGGCACGAAUGAGGCGGACACUUGCAAGAUAUAGAAACGUUAUAACAUUUCUAACAACAUUUGUGAUUGUUGCCACAUUCAUCUGCUUUCAAGACAAGAUAUCUACCGCAGACGAAGCAGAACAUUCUGCCGUUGCUAGACUUUUAAACCAAAAUCUCGACAUCCACGACACACGCCGAUCCUUGCUGAGAUUCAAAUUCCGUCGCAAAAAGCUGAAAGACGCACUAUGGACCGCCGAACCAAUACUUCAAAACGGACGAUACAUAUUUAAUAUAACACAAAAGGAUAAAACUGAAAUCCUGGCGAUAAAAGUGAAAAACAAAUUAUUGGGUAAGAAUGUCCAGGAAUUCAUAACACUAGCUUCUGAAACCACGCCUUCAGUAACAGAUAAACCAACCAGACCGAUAACGACACAGUCAGACACAACACCUAUAUUUACAGAUUCUCCGACAUCACCAAUAACAACAGAAUCAAUUACCACGCCUGUUGUAACUGAACCUGGAGAAAAGGAAGUAACUACAGAAAAGGAUUAAAAGCGUGUAGUUGUUUAAGAAAAAAGAAUGUUUGGUCGUCAGCCUAAUACAUAUGUAUAUUCAUAAAGAUGGAACUGAUUUUAACAUUUCAUAGCAGAUGUGCUCAUGGCGUGCAUAUAAAGCUGGGUAAUUGCUUAGAUCAGCUGUAAAAUCGUGCAUUUAGAAAAUGAUGCGUGGGAUAUAUUCAUUUCAUGUUUCACAUUUACCGAAUUUUCUACUUACAACCGUAUCAUAGCAACGAUAAUAUAUGUAACAGGGGAUUCUAAUAAAUUGUAUGACAGGUUGUAUUAGUAAAAUCAUAAAACGCUUUAUUCUGUGACACAUCAUGUUCUGACAGACCGACUGGGACGGAUAUGUUUUGAUAUGUGCUAUCUGACCUAUUUUCUUUUCUGCCUGUCUCGUAAUGGCUACUUCCAUGUUGCUGUGUUUUUGCAAAGGCAUUCAAGAUAUAAAAAUAUGGUUAAUUAAG